AUGUGUGACCAGCAGAAGCAGCCACAGUUCGCGCCAUGUUGUGUGAAAGGCUCAGCUUUAGGGUCCAUUGAAGGCCCAGCUUCAAGCCAGGCAGAGGUUUCCUGCGGGUAUGGACCAGACCCAUGCCAGUCUAAGACUUCCUUUAUAAAAAGCACCUCUUCUUUCUUUCAGAAAGGCCAGUCUAAGUGUGCUCCUGUGAAAUGCCCACCUCCAUGCCAGACUACCUAUGUGAAAUGUGCACCUCCAUGCCAGACUACCUAUGUGAAAUGUGCACCUCCAUGCCAGACUACCUUUGUCAAGUGCCCACCUCCAUGCCAGACUACCUUUGUCAAAUGCCCACCUCCAUGCCAGACUACCUUUGUCAAAUGCCCACCUCCAUGCCAGACCACCUUUGUCAAAUGCCCACCUCCAUGUCAGACCACCUGUGUGAAAUGCCCACCUCCAUGUCAGACUACCUGUGUGAAAUGCCCACCUCCAUGUCAGACUACCUGUGUGAAAUGCCCUGCUCCAUGCCAGACUACCUCUGUGCAAUGCCAAGCUCCAUGCCAGGUACAGACUCCAUGCCAAACGCAGACUUGUUACGUCCAGAGUGCUUCUCCUUGCCAGACACAGACUUACUACGUGCAGACUCCCUCUGUCCAAUAUUUGGCACCAUCUUCCUACUAUACUUCCAGUUCCUAUGGAACCUCUUGUUGCCCUGCAGCUCCAAUGAGCUUUGGGGUGAGACCUCUGAGACGCUGGAUUCGUGGGCCCCAGUGCCGUGGUGAAAACACUGGUUGUUGCGAGGAUUCUGGUUGUGGUAGCUCUUGCUGUUGCUCCUCUGGCUGUUGCUCCUCUGGCUGUUGCGAAGGUGGGUGCUGCUGCUUGGGAAUCCUCCCUCUUAGAUCCCGAGGACCCGUCUGCUGUGCCAAUGAUGAUGACUGCUGCUGCUAG